GCAUUAAUGACCUCCGUCGAAGAACCUUCCCGGCUUCCCACGCAAUACAUAACGGAUAACGAGUACUGAAGGCUGAGUAAACGUCUGACCACUUCCGCUUGCUUGAACGCUUCUCUAGAGCUUCAAAACCAAAUCACUUCCCUUCCGCUUCUUUCCAUCAAAUAAAAACGCUCUCUUCUUCUUUACUCUCCACUCUUUCGUCUCCGAACACUUUGUUUCCUUUCUGAAACCUUCGCGUUUCUUUUCUUAUUUUUUUUGUUUUUUUCAAUUAUAUCUCUUAGUCCGGGUAUUAAUGGGGGAGGAGGGACUGGUGGAUAUCCCUCUCUCGGUUGAAUCCCACCCCAGCGAACACGGCAAGGAAAUCGACCUCGAUGAAAAGCACCCGUAUAUGGGAGCCGCCGCCAGUAUCCCACAGGAAAAGAAAGAUUCUGCCGGCGAUGAAGGUGAUCAAUACAACUCGGAAUCUCCGACGCAAGAUUCCGGCGAAAAAAUCACCGAUCAAGCCGAUAACGGCGAAGAUUCCGAGAGGAAGCUCGCUGGAGAUGAUCAAAUCGAUAUCUUUGGGCAGUGGAGUCAGAAGAUCUUCUGCCCGCCUUCCCCCUUCCCGCAACCGGCACCGCCGCCGGGGCUUGCGACCCCUCGGCCCAACGCGCCGGAGGAGUUUCACCUCUCCGAUCUCAAGGUGAUCGUGCAGCCAAAAGAGGAACUUGACGAUAAGGAUGUCCCGAUCGACGGCCAGGGUCGUCGGGAAAUCAAGGGGUGGGUAGCCUUCUUCUCGCGAUCCAGCUGCCGCGACUGCGGGGCCGUCCGAUCGUUCCUACGGGAGAAAUCUCUACCUUAUAUUGAGAUCAACAUCGACGUCUUCCCAUCAAGAGAGAAGGAGCUGAUCCAACGGACGGGAAGCGCCGCGGUGCCUAAGAUCUUCGUGAACGAGAAGCUGUUGGGCGGGCUGGAAGCCCUGAACGCGCUGCGGAAUAGCGGGGAGUUCGAUCGGACGGUGAGGGAGAUGGCCAGGGAGCGGUGCCCGGAGACGGCGCCGAGGGCGCCUAUCUUCGGAUUGGACGACGAGGAUGUGUUGGCGGGGCGAGAACGGACGGACGAGAUGGCGGAGAUCGUGAGGGUUUUGAGGCAGAAGGUGGCUAUUAGCGAUCGAUUGGUUAAGAUCACUUUCGUCAAGAAAUGUUUCGCGGGAAGCGAAUUGGUGGAGGCGAUUAUCCACCACCUCGAUUGUGGCCGGAAAAAGGGUGUCGAAGUUGCUAAAAAGCUUGCAAGCAAACAUUUCAUCCACCACAUAUUCCGAGAGAACGAGUUUGAAGAUGCAAACCAUCAAUUUUAUCGUUUUCUUGAGCAUGAUCCCAUUAUCCCCAAAUGCUUCAAUUUUAGAGGCUCUACCAAUGACAAUGAGCCUAAGCCAGUUACUGAAGUGGCAUGUAGGCUCACCAAACUGAUGACUGCUAUACUAGAGGCCUAUGCCUCUGAUGAUAGGCGCCAUCUUGAUUAUGCCCGCAUCAGUGUGAGUGAGGAAUUCAGAAGAUAUGUGAAUGUGGUCCAAGACCUGCAACGAGUUGAUGUCUUUACCCUGUCGGGGAAUGAGAAAUUGACCUUCUUCAUGAACUUGUACAAUGCCAUGAUCAUCCAUGCCAUUGUUAGGGUCAACCGGCAGGGCAUUAUUGACAGGAGGUCUGCCUUCUUCAGUGACUUCCACUAUAUGAUUGGUGGCAGUCCCUACUCUCUCUCUUCGAUCAAAGAUGGAAUCCUAAGAUCAAACAGGCGGCAACCUUACUCAAUUAGCAAGCCAUUUAGCACCGGAGACCCGCGCUUGGAGUUGGUACCACCAAAACCGAACCUCUUGAUCCACUUCGGAUUGUGUGAUGGGACACGGUCAAGCCCUAUUGUGCGAUUCUUCUCUACCCAAGGGAUUGAAGCAGAACUGAGACAUGCUGCAAGGGAGUUCUUCCAUGGUGGUGAAGCAGAGGUGGAUUUGGAGAACAGAAUUGUUCGUCUUACAGGCAUCAUCAAAUGGUACAGUGUUGAUUUUGGACAAGAUAAAGAGAUCUUGAAGUGGAUCUUGGAUUACCUGGAUGCAAGUAAAGCAGGUUUAUUGAUGCAUCUCUUGAAUGAUGGAGGCCCUAUCAAGAUAGUCUACAAGAAAUAUGAUUGGUCUUUGUACUACUAAAGUGGUCUCUGUUGGCUAUAGAUAGAAUGAUUGGCAACAUCAGAUGCGAGUGAUUUUGUAAUAGGUUGUCAGUAUUAAAGUGAUAUGACAAAGGUUUUUAAAAAGGUUAUUCUCAGAGGACAUUUACAGCAAGUAGUACAGUCAGAUGCUUGUAGAUGACGCCUAUAGAAAAACAGAGGUUAGAGAGAAGAAAACCAUGUAACCUUCAUUGUAACUACCAAAGAGAAUGUGCGAAUGCACAUAGGGAUAUUCGUAUCAUUGUUAAUGUUUUUGUUAUUGUUUGUUAUUUAGAGAGAGAGAGGGAGAGAGUAGUCAAUCUUGCGAAAAGGCAUUUUACAGUAUUCAAAUUUGCUGUUUACAGGAUUAUCA